AUGAGUUCCAGCGCAACGGAGAGUGGCAAGAGCGGCCAGUACCGCGUGGACCAUCUCCUCAGUGCGGUGGAGAGUGAGCUACAGGCUGGGAGUGAGAAGGGAGACCCCACUGAGAGAGAACUGAAAGUCAACCUGGAAGACCUGGAUCUGUGGCUGAAGUUUAAGGAACUGACCAAUGAAAUGAUCGUCACAAAGAACGGCAGGAGGAUGUUUCCUGUGUUGAAAGUGAACGUGUCAGGACUGGAUCCCAACGCCAUGUACUCGUUUGUCUUGGACUUUGUGGCCGCCGACAACCACCGCUGGAAGUAUGUAAACGGAGAGUGGGUCCCCGGUGGCAAACCGGAGCCUCAGGCUCCGAGCUGUGUUUACAUCCACCCCGACUCGCCCAACUUCGGGGCGCACUGGAUGAAAGCGCCCGUCUCCUUCAGUAAAGUUAAACUCACCAACAAACUGAACGGCGGAGGACAGAUCAUGUUAAACUCUCUGCAUAAAUACGAGCCCAGAAUUCACAUCGUGCGAGUCGGGGGAACUCAGAGAAUGAUCAGCAGUCACUCAUUCCCUGAGACUCAGUUCAUCGCCGUGACAGCCUAUCAGAACGAGGAGAUCACAGCUCUCAAAAUUAAGUACAAUCCGUUUGCAAAGGCCUUCCUUGACUCCAAAGAGAGAAGCGAUCACAAGGAAAUGUUGGAUGACGUGAGUGACAGCCAACAGUCUGGAUAUUCCCAAAUAGGUAGCUGGUUUCUGCCUAGCACAGGUACCCUGUGCCCUCCUUCUAAUCCUCACGCUCAGUUUGGAGGACCAAUUUCACUCUCCACGCCCCACGGCUGCGAGCGUUAUUCUACCCUGAGGAACCAGCGCUCUGCUCCGUACCCGAACCCUUACACACACAGGAACAACUCUCCCACUGGCUAUCCCGACAAUUCUUCUGCCUGCCUUUCCAUGCUCCCCAACCAUGACAACUGGUCGGGUCUGCAGGUCUCCACGCAUACCAGCAUGCUGCCCAUGACACACAACGCUGGCACUGCCACCAGCUCUAGCCAAUAUCCGAGUCUGUGGUCGGUCAGUAACAGCACCAUCACACCAGUGUCCCAGUCUGGGGGCAUGUCCAACGGCCUGAGCUCACAGUUCCUACGGGCUUCCCCGGCUCAUUACCCGUCUCUAGCCCACUCAGUGAGCGCCACCUCGUCAGGAUCGCCCCUGUAUGACAGUGGCACCGGAAUCGAGCUGUCUGAGAGCCAGUAUGAUGCCUCUCCGCAUAGCAGACUUACUUCCACAUGGACAUCAGUUACUCCCCCAUCCAUGUGA